CGCCCGGGAGCCGAGUGGGGGGCGGCGGCCAGCAUGCGGCCCCGCAGCGCCCUGCCCCGCCUGUUGCUGCCGCUGCUGCUGCUGCCCGCCGCCGGGCCGGCCCAAUUCCACGGAGAGAAGGGCAUAUCCAUCCCAGACCACGGCUUCUGCCAGCCCAUCUCCAUCCCGUUGUGCACGGACAUCGCCUACAACCAGACCAUCAUGCCCAACCUUCUGGGCCAUACGAACCAAGAGGACGCCGGCCUGGAGGUGCACCAGUUCUACCCGUUGGUAAAAGUGCAGUGCUCGCCCGAACUGCGCUUCUUCCUGUGCUCGAUGUACGCGCCCGUGUGCACCGUGCUGGAGCAGGCCAUCCCGCCGUGCCGCUCCAUCUGCGAGCGCGCGCGCCAGGGCUGCGAGGCGCUCAUGAACAAGUUCGGUUUCCAGUGGCCGGAGCGCCUGCGCUGCGAGCACUUCCCCCGCCACGGCGCGGAGCAGAUCUGCGUGGGCCAGAACCACUCGGAGGACGGCGCGCCCGCGCUUCUCACCACCGCGCCGCCGCCCGGCCUGCAGCCGGGUGCGGGGGGCACCCCGGGCGGCCCGGGUGGCGGCGGCUCGCCCCCGCGCUAUGCCACGCUGGAGCACCCGUUCCACUGUCCGCGCGUCCUCAAGGUGCCGUCCUAUCUCAGCUACAAGUUCCUGGGCGAGCGCGACUGCGCGGCUCCCUGCGAGCCGGCGCGGCCGGACGGCUCCAUGUUCUUCUCACAGGAGGAGACGCGCUUUGCGCGCCUCUGGAUCCUCACCUGGUCCGUUCUGUGCUGCGCCUCCACUUUCUUCACCGUCACCACGUACCUGGUGGACAUGCAGCGCUUCCGCUACCCCGAGCGGCCCAUCAUCUUUCUGUCCGGCUGCUACACCAUGGUGUCGGUGGCCUACAUCGCGGGCUUCGUGCUCCAGGAGCGCGUGGUGUGUAACGAGCGCUUCUCCGAGGACGGCUACCGCACCGUGGUGCAGGGCACCAAGAAGGAGGGCUGCACCAUCCUCUUCAUGAUGCUCUACUUCUUCAGCAUGGCCAGUUCCAUCUGGUGGGUCAUCUUGUCGCUCACCUGGUUCCUGGCGGCCGGCAUGAAGUGGGGCCACGAGGCCAUCGAGGCCAACUCGCAGUACUUUCACCUGGCCGCGUGGGCCGUGCCCGCCGUCAAGACCAUCACGAUCCUGGCUAUGGGCCAGAUUGACGGCGACCUGCUAAGCGGCGUGUGCUUCGUGGGCCUCAAUAGCCUGGACCCGUUGCGGGGCUUCGUGCUGGCGCCGCUCUUCGUGUACCUGUUCAUAGGCACGUCCUUCCUCCUGGCCGGCUUCGUGUCCCUCUUCCGCAUCCGCACCAUCAUGAAACACGACGGUACCAAGACGGAGAAACUGGAGCGGCUGAUGGUGCGCAUCGGCGUCUUCUCGGUGCUCUACACGGUGCCCGCCACCAUCGUCAUCGCCUGCUACUUCUACGAGCAGGCCUUCCGAGAGCACUGGGAGCGCUCGUGGGUGAGCCAGCAUUGCAAGAGCCUGGCCAUCCCGUGCCCGGCGCACUACACGCCGCGCAUGUCUCCCGACUUCACCGUCUACAUGAUCAAAUACCUCAUGACGCUCAUCGUGGGCAUCACGUCGGGCUUCUGGAUCUGGUCCGGCAAGACGCUGCACUCGUGGAGGAAGUUCUACACCCGUCUCACCAACAGCCGGCACGGGGAGACGACCGUGUGGCUUUUUAAAGAAAACUCUGCCCAACAGCCCCACCAGUCUUUGGAAACCUCCCAACGGAGAUGAAGACGUGGAGAAAAAAAAAAAAAAAAUCCAACCCGAACCGACGGGUGGGGUGGUGGGGAGAGGGCGGAGAUCGAGUGAGUAAUGGCCUCCACACACCCCCAUCCCAGUCCCACCCCCCUGCUGGCAGGAAGAUCUUUCUCUUCUGAUUUUUCUUCUUUUCAACUCGCUGCCCUGAACUCUUGGAGUGGGCAGAAAGUGCUUUGUGAUGUGUUUUGAAACAACCCCCCACCCCCACCCACUACGUUGAGUGGGGAUUCUGACUGCCUCCAUUUUUAGGGGGAGCAUCAUCAAGUUCGCAGAUGUAGAGGUCUGGAGAUAUGCUUGCAUCUCUGUCCUUUCCCCUGCUGUCAGCUCCACGCCUGCUCUUCCCCUCCCCACACACCCAACUGAAUAUCUCCUCUGGCAUCCAGGUUAGCCGUUUGUGGGGUGGUUUGUGUGUUCCCUGUGGGUUUUUGUUUUUUUUCAAAAAGCAAUAAAAUGGGGUGGGUUGGAGGGAGGGAACGGAUGGAUGGGCUGGUGGGAUUUUUAGUUUUUCUUUGACAAAAGACUGGUUUCUUUUCACACUUGCCCAGAAAAGGGAGGGGAGGGGAGAAGUGGGUAUCUUUGCUUUGGACACAGGCUCUGGGCAGGCUCUUUGUGACUGUGGGGAUGGGGUUGAGUGUUUACAUGACAUUCUAUAUCACAAGAUUGAUAGAAUGUUUAUAACAGAUGUUUUCUGUCUUCCUCCUACACCCCCCCCCCCAAUAAAAUCAAGACUUUUCUUAACGUAUUUUUCAUGCUGGUAUGAGAAUUGCAGUUUCCAAUACACAUCAUUUCCCUCAACCAAAUAUUUGAAGUAUUUUAGAAUUUCAAUUCCAGAUUUUGAUUUGAAGACCAAGGGGUAGGGUGAAACAAGUUUGCCCUCAUAACU